GUGGGCAUCUUGCGCUGAUUGUGCGAAUUAUCAUCGACCGACUGACGGUAGGUUGACAGACACUUCGUUAAAUAAAAACGAUUCAUUCUCUGUAGACCGUAUUUUUAAAACCGUGCGACUAUUUACCGAUGACAAGCGGACUAUUUUUUUUAAACAAAGCCCGUGAGGUUUGGUGAUUUCACUGACUUACGGCCGUGUAGGACGUUUUCCGCUGUGGCAUUUGUGCAAACCAAACACCUGCUGAUUUAAGGCUCCAUAUUAAAGGUAAUCGAUCAGACCAUCGCCAUGGCAUCCGGCGGAUAUCUGCAGGCAGCGGUGCUCCUUCUGGCGGUCCAGCUCCUCUGUCUCGGUGCAGCUGACGCGGAUCAGGAGCCGGGUACUGUCAUCCCUGCAGAAAGUCGCCCGUGUGUGGACUGUCAUGCAUUCGAGUUUAUGCAGAGGGCACUGCAAGAUCUAAAGAAGACCGCUUUCAACCUUGACGCCAGGACAGAGACGCUGGUGCUGAGAGCAGAGAGGAGGGCUCUGUGCGACUGUAUGCCCACCAACUCGCUGCGCUGAGAUCUGCACUUCACUGCCGCGAGUACACCUUAGGACACGUCCACCUGUCAUCACGCCCCGACACACUGAAAACAACCCUGUUCCACUCUCCUCAUGUACAGUAAUUCUCAUCUUAACUUAUUAACACAAUAGGCACUUUAUUUUCUUUUCGGUCAUAUCACUGUCGAGUGACGCUUUGAUUUCAUAUCAUUCAUCAUUAAAGCAUGUUAUUGUUUUGCCUUAUUCGGGAUGACUUUUAUACCACUGCUGUUUUACAUUGUGAAACAAAUGCCUGUAAGGUUAGUUUGUCUUCAUUGUCAUAAGAUUCGAGUCAGCUCUCAUCUGUCUCCUAUAAAACAAACUAUUUUUUGUACUUUUUAGUAUUUGACUGUAUAAUGUAGAUACAGUAGAAUACGUUGGUGAAUUUACUCGUUGAAUGUGUUGUAUGAGAUUAAUGUUUACGACAAUUAGAGACAUCAAACUGUAGCAUCACGUGGAAAUUUAUUUAACUGCUCAAAAUAUUUCUGUCUUAAGUUGAAUUACCUUUUAGGAAUCAGCAAAACGACUGGAAUUUCACUGAUUUGAAAUGAACUGAUUUGCAGCCUGGCUUCUAUCGCAAAAAAAAGGUUGGGUAACUUAUUAAAAACUGUAAUUUUCAAUUGUAAUAACCAUGUUUCUUU